UGGCUAGCUUAUUCUGUCAUCCAUGCCAAAAUUUCCAUUCCACGUCUGGCAAGUGCUUGCAAGGAUGAACAAAUAACUGCAGAGUGGUUACAAAUGCAGCAUGAACUAAGCCUGAGGAAACUAAUAGAGGGUUCAGACUUUCAAGAGGAACUGAAGUAUGACUUCAAUAUAAAAGGGGAACUGAGGCAUCUGGAUACAAAUGAGUCCUUUGUUUUCAAUUAUUACAAGAAUGCACAAGAGCGGAAUCAUAAACGCUAUCAAAUUUUGGGACAUUUGAUUACCCAAUAUGUUUAUGAGCUCCUGGAAAGAGUCUGCAUGCUGCAGAAAGUUUAUAUUCCUACUGAUGCUACAGGGGAUGAACCAAGAAGUUUCUUUUUCAUGAGUGAGAAUGCACUAACAAGUUCCUCUAGCCUUGUUGUCCUUCUCCAAGACCGUGGAGUUUUCCAUGCCGGGCAGUGGGGGCGAAAGACGAUUGUCAACGAGGGACUGGAGCAUGGAACACAAAUACCGUUCAUCAAAAUGGCCCUUCAAAGCCACGGCGGAGUGAUUGUACUGAAUCCCAAUGACAACUUUGUUGAUCUGAAGACUGAAAAGGAAAGGGAAGAAUCACUCACUUCUAUGCAGUCCAUCUGGUGGAUUCCCAAGAGGGGCAGCAGCAGCCCCGAGGAACAUACCAUGUAUGUAUGGGAUCAUUUCAUUUCAAAGAGUGCAGCCAAGAAUGUGGCCUUCGUUGCCCAUGGCUAUGGUGGUUUGGUGUUCAUUGAUCUGCUGGUGCAGAGAAAAUGGGAGGUAAUGAAUCAAGUGUACUCUGUGGCAUUCAUCGACUCCAUGCACAACACACAGCACCAGACUAGAAGCGAUCCGCAAAUGCAAGAAUGGAUACAGAAGUACUGCCGUGAGUGGGUGUCAAACAGUAAGCCUCUAGAUAAAGCUGUGGGUUCUCUCAUGAAAGCAAAUUGUCCUACUGUCUCUGCUGGAACAGAGAAGUAUGAUUUAGCACCCUCCUGCUGCUUACAUGCCAUCUUUAAGUACCUGAAGAGCACGCUGAAAGCCAAGACCACAACAGCCUUUAGGCAUUCACCCAUUGCAACCAGAAGCAGCACAAGUAAGAAGAGAGGCAAUAAAUAA